AGUAAUACCCCGGCACUUUUCUCUUCUAAUUUCGCUCAGACGAAAAUUUAAGCUUUAUUUUUGGUAAAAAUGAGCUGUUUGUGGAUGGGAGAUUUGGAUCCUUAUAUGGAUGAAACAUUCGUUAAAAACGCUUUUAUGGCGUUGGGAUUAAAAGUUAUCACGGUUAAAGUUAUUCGAAACAAAAUAACAGGUGCUUUCUCUUGUGCUAUGUUUUCAUUUCAUAAUGUAAAAGUAAUAAAGAAAAAGAGAUUCAAGAGAGCUUUGAAGCUAAUGAUGCUUAUGGAAACAAUAGAGAAACAGUUCAAAAGGAAAAAAUCUAAAAAAGCUUUAUUCUCUUUUUCAUCCUCGUCUUCGUCUUCGCAGUCAGAAUCGUCUUCAUUGAGUUCAGGUCAGAGUGAACGUGUCAAUAUUUCAUCUGAUAAACUAAUGAAAGAAAAACAGGGUAAUGAAAAAGUCGAAAGCUGGUUAAAAGAAAAUCGUCAAGCAAAAACUGAUUGUCUUUCUUCAAACGAUGAAAGUUUUCAAAUUAAAGAAAAUAAAGAAAGAGAUUCUGUAAAACUCGUUAAUAAUACAAGCUCAAAUAAUAUUAUUAAAGAUCAAAGCAAUUAUUCCCCUAACUUCAUCGAAAAGAGCCCUAAUCAAUGUCAGUCUUUAGAAACAGAAUGUACACUCAGUGCAUCUUCAGUUAGGGAUCGGGAUGAAAAUUUGAUGGAAGAUAAUGCAAUAUAUUUAUCUGAAAGAAGAAAACUUGAGGAUCCCAAAAGGAGAAAUACAUUGAAUGAAUUACAUAACCUUUCCAAAGAUUCUGAAAAGGAAGAUUUGACGGUAAUCGUUGAACAAAACAAGUAUUAUGAAGCUGGUUGUAGUGCUGUCACAGAAAGCAUUCAAAAUAAACAUGUAAUGAGCGACAUGAACAAGAUACUAUGUUCUUCAAAGAUUAGUGGUCAAUCUACCCGCUCAUUGGGCAAAGAACUUGCUACUUUUGAUGAUUCAAAGCAGUCAUUUACUGAAUCGUCUAAGGCUGAAGCUGGUAAAGAUGUAGCAAAUAUCGAGGGAAGAGAUCUUAUAGAAGAAUCUGACAUCACGACUCAAACAGACGAAACUGAUAAAGUCAACAUGGGAAACUUCAAUGACGAUAACCAGAUUCCAUCUGACAAGUCAAGUUCCAAUGGAAUUCCUUUAAUCAAUGAAACCAACCGUAAUUUUGAUAUUAUGAAAUCAGAAGAAAAGCUCGCCGAAAAACUACUUACCCUCUUUGAAUCGAAAUUUAAACAGUCCACUCCUGAGAAUGAUAUAAAUAAAGAAAAGAAAGCUGAAACACUUUUGAUAGAUGAAAGCACUACAUGUACAGCUAACAAAAUCAAAACAAAGACACCAAUUAAAUUAACUUUAAAAGUUAACGGCAGUAACAAGGCAAUUACUCCAAAAUCUGCUAUAGAGAAGUCAAAAAUAUCCAAUGAAAUAAAAGAAACAAGGCAUAAAGAAAGUAGCAGAUUGACUUUAAAUAAUAAUUGCAACGAGAAAUUAAGGGAUAAAAAUGAAAAGAGAAGUAUACCAAUGAAUCAAAAAGAGAAAUCGGGUUUUUGGGAUAAAAUUCGUUACAACUGCAUUAAGAAAUCGAAUGAACGUUACUUAUAUGAGCAAAAGAAAAAGGACGGUUUGCGAGCUCGUUUUUAUAAAGAAAGAAUAAAAAAUGAUGACAAUAGUCACAAAAGACGACAAGUAAACUAUGGAGAAGAUGAAUCGUCACAAGAAGAUUUACUUUUAACAAAAUUUAAUUCUUAUACAGACUACUGCAAUUAUUAUUUAAAAAAGUAUUUUAUUGACUUGGAGAAAAGAAUAGGAAAUUUUUUAAUGGAGCAAAGCUCAAUUCGAUCAAAUAAUCUGAUUUAUUUAACGGAAACUGAUUACAUAAAUAGUGAAGACUUUUUUGUAAAUGAUUUAUCACAGCUACUAAUAAAUCAAAUGGAUGAGUUUACUCGUAGUGAUGACUACUACUACGUAGAUAGUUUAAUGUUCUAUUUGACAACUAAAUGGAGAAAUGAUACAUGGGUUACACCUAAAUUUCUUCAUUCUCAAAAUAUAUGGUAUAAUUUAUUCAAACUAUAUGAGGGAGAGGCUGAAAGUGAAGAUAAAUUGAAACCACCAGGCGAAGAAAGAUAUGAUCAAAUGAAUUCUUUCAGGGAGUCGAUGGGCUAUUGCUUUGUUGAUUUUGCCAGCUCCGAGGUUGCUCAACAUACUAUGUUAAAAUAUAAUGGGAAAAUAGUUCCAACCAGUAAACCUCCUAGACGUUUUAAGUUGAAUUAUGCGAACUAUGGGAAAGAUGGCGCUAACAAUGGCCAAGGAUAUUCCGUCUUUGUUGGUGAUCUCACCGAAGAUGUUGACGAUCUUUUGCUCUAUUCCACGUUUAGUAAAAGAUAUCCGUCAUGCCGACUGGCGAAAGUUGUUUUGAACGAGGAGGGUCAUAGUCGGGGUUAUGGAUUCGUAAGAUUUGAAGAUCAAGAUGAACAAAAACGAGCUAUGAUUGAAAUGCAGGGCCACCGUGGGCUGGGUGGUAAACCUAUACGAGUAUCCCCUGCCCAACAUAAAAAGGCUACAACCACGAAGCCAAACGUUAGCAGCCAGGAACAGCAAUGGAUUCAACAACAGGAAGAACAGCAAGCAGCUUUUACAAAUAGCAUGGCCGAGCAAUAUGUUCAAAUGUGGCACAAACAUUACGGAACUGAUCCAAAUUACGUUAGCUCCAUAACAGGCAAACAAUCAGGUGGUGAUCAAUCAAUCGAUCCAUCAAACUCUUAUGCAUUUGAUCCAGCCCAAGCCUACAAUCAAGAAGCCUAUUCCUAUCCACCACCUCCACAAAUGCCUCCUCAAGAAGAUUUCGAAGAGGACGAGUUUGUUGAUCCAGGACUAGAAGUUGAUGUCGAUAAAUUGAAUGAGGCGUAUAUGAAAAGUCAUUCUGUGUUCCAAGAAAUGAUGCACAACGCGCGUUGUUUGUAUCUCAGUGAUAAGGAAACUAAAACUCUUGACUCAGGUCAAUUGCGUUCGAUAUUUGCUUAA